UCAUCUGCUCGCAAUGUUUACCUCGCGCUCGGCUGACCUCGUGCAGCAGGAUGGUGUGUUCUGAACACCAAUAACCAGACAGAAGAGCAUGUUUUCAGUACAUUUAUUGAAAGUGCUGCAUGGCUAAUGCAGCAACUCGCAGCCUCCAAGACAGCUUGUUCUCUCUGAGCUGAGCGCAGGCUCCAUGAUGGCGAUGUUCCGGAGCUUUGUCUCUUCGGGCUCCCAGCUCCGGCAGCAGCAGCCGGGCAGCGGCGCGGCGGCCCCGGCGGAGGGCAUCGAGAGCCAGUUCUCCUGUCCGAUCUGCCUGGAGGUGUACCAGAAGCCCGUCAGCAUCGCCAGCUGUGCUCACACGUUCUGUGGGGAGUGUCUGCAGCCCUGUCUCCAGGUGAGCUCCCCGCCCUGCCCUCUGUGCCGGGUGCCCUUUGACCCUCAGAAGGUGGAGCGCUCCUGCAGCGUGGAGAAGCAGCUUUCAUCACACAAAGCUCCCUGCAGGGGCUGCAGCAAGAAGGUGGCUCUGCUAAAGAUGAGGUCCCAUGUUGCUUCCUGUCCUAAAGUCCAGGAGCAGAUGGCUAACUGUCCUAAGUUUGUCCCUGUGGUCCCCACCUCCCAGCCCAUUCCAAGCAAUAUUCCAAAUCGGUCCACAUUUGUGUGUCCGUUCUGUGGGGCCAGACACCUGGACCAGCAGGAGCUGGUGAAGCACUGCAUGGACAACCACCGCAACGACCCCAACAAAGUGGUGUGUCCCGUGUGUUCAGCCAUGCCGUGGGGAGACCCCAGCUAUAAGAGCUCUAACUUCCUGCAGCAUCUCCUCCACAGACACAAGUUUUCUUACGACACCUUUGUUGACUACAGCAUCGAUGAAGAAGCAGCACUGCAGGCAGCUCUUGCACUGUCACUGGCCGAAAACUGACAACCAUCUCCACCAGCACCACCCUGUCAGCCCUGCCCCCCCCCCCCCCCCCCCACACACACACACACACACAGGGACUUCCUGCUGCACACUGAAGAAACUUCC